UACCGAACAGCGCCAGCACAGAACAACAGAACAUCAUGAACUCCGCCAAAGUCACCGUCUUGUUCCUGAUCGCCAUCAGCAUUUCGAUUUCCAUUGCAAGCAACAAAAGAGAAAUGGAUAGAUCAGUAUCAACAUCAACAUCAGCUUCAACAUCAACAUCAACAUCAACAUCAACUUCAUCCUCUACAUCUUCGUCUACUGAAAAUGGAGCACCCGGAUUUGCACCUUCAAUUCUCGGAGCCAACGGACAAGAAUGCGUCGGAGAUGGUUGUAUCCCCUUGGACGGUGCAGCAGUUCUGGUCGAUCCUCCAGUUAUCGAUGUUGGAGAGCCUGCUCAGUGAACAAGCAGAAUGUUUAAAGCGUGGUCCUAAGGAAAACCCGAUACUUUGGGAUUGUGUUACCGGUGCAUGGUGACACUAAAUUUCUACGGAAGUUCUUUUGAAGUGCGAGACCACGUUUGACGCCUGAUUGGACCAUAGUGGAUUAUAUACUGGUUUACAUUCACACACGGAAUGUAAAGUAGAUAGCACUGUUAUUUAGAUAUAUUCAGAAAACUCGACAAAUGUAAAGCCCAUGCCAAACAUCAAUAUGUGAUUGUGAACACAUAAUUGUGCACUAUGGUUCAAUAAUAAAGUCUAUGUUAAACAG